UCCAGCUUAAUCUGCAUCCGGGAGGAUCCUUCCACAAGUUCCACAUGGUGGUACGUGUUUUUGUGUGAAAGCUUCAUAAGUUUUGCUAGAAACUUAGAAUUCUUUUGAAAUACGAAGUUAAAAUUAUUUAAAAAUGGCGAGGCUCUUUAUUUUGUUUGAACAUGCCGCCGGCUAUGCCCUAUUUCGGGUUAAGGAAUUUGAAGAGAUCGGAAUGUUGUUACCUCAAGUGGAACAGUCAGUAACAGAUCUAUCACGUUUCCGUAGUGUUGUUAGUCUUGUUGGAUUUGCGCCUUUCAGAACAGCUGUGGUCGCUCUUGAAAACAUUAACAGUAUUUCGGAAGGAAUUGUCACAGAGGAUUUGAAGCUCUUUUUAGAUUCUUGCUCCAGCGAGUUCACCAAGGAUACUAUUCUUGGUGUUGCAGACUCUAAACUCGGUGCUAACAUAACUGAAACUCUAAAUAUAAAAUGUGACCACCUCAAUGCUGUUCCCGAGAUUAUUAGAGGAAUAAGAUUUCAUUUUCAUAAUUUGGUGAAAGGCUUCACUUUUGACAGCUCAAGAGUUGCGCAAUUAGGUCUUGGACAUAGUUACUCAAGAGCUAAAGUUAAAUUCAAUGUAAAUCGAGUAGAUAACAUGAUCAUACAGAGCAUAACUUUGCUGGAUCAAUUGGACAAAGAUAUUAAUACUUUCAGCAUGCGUAUACGUGAAUGGUACAGCUAUCAUUUCCCAGAACUUGCAAAGAUUGUUCCAGAGAAUCAUAUGUAUGCAAAGGUAGCUCGAGUGAUACAAAACAGGAAGGAAUUGACGGAUGACAAGUUGGGUGCGAUAGAAGAAGUUGUUAUGGAUACUGAAAAAGCAAAAGCCAUCAUCAAGGCAGCCAAAUCAUCCAUGGGAAUGGAUAUAAAUGAAAUCGAUUUAAAAAAUGUUGAACAGUUUGUUAAACGUGUUGUCGCAUUAGUAAAUUAUAGAAAAAAAAUGUCUGAAUACUUAACAUCGAAAAUGGCAGGAGUGGCACCAAAUCUAGCUACUUUAAUCGGAGAUCAAGUCGGCGCCAGAUUAAUAGCACACGCCGGAUCACUUACUAAUUUAGCAAAGGCUCCAGCGUCUACGGUUCAGAUAUUGGGAGCAGAAAAGGCUUUAUUCAGAGCAUUAAAAAACCGUAACGUAAAUACUCCGAAAUACGGACUUUUGUUCCAUUCUACAUUUAUCGGCCGUGCUGGUACCAAAAAUAGAGGUCGAAUCGCAAGAUAUCUGGCGAAUAAAUGUUCCAUUGCUUCUAGAAUCGAUUGUUUCACGGAAACACCAAUGAAAAUAUUUGGUGAGAAAUUACGACAACAGGUGGAAGACAGAUUAGUGUAUUUUACGACUGGCAAAGAGCCAAAGAAAAAUUUAGACGUGAUGAGAGAAGCAUUGGAAGAAACUGCACAUAUGUUGGCUGCUAUGGAAAAAGAGAAGAAAGAAAAAAAGAAAAAUAAAAAAAGGAAAAGUGAAGUAAGUGAAGUACUCGAAAAUGGCCAAGAAAAUGGACAUAUUGAAAACGGCGAAGCAGAAGUGGAUAUGUCGUUACAAAAAAAGAAGAAGAAAUCCAAACACGUUGUUAACGAAUAGAAUUUAUCAUGUAUACAGUGUCAUGAAUCCAUAUGUGGCUGCAAGGAGGAAAUAGAAGCUUAACAAAAUUACUUAUGUGUUUAUUAUUUAGCAUUAAUUGUGUACUGUCCAUAGAUUCAUGCACUAUAAAUAUUUGCUGUCUCUUUAUCUUAUAGACUGUACGAAAAUGUAUUUUGUUAAUAAACAAUUUUUAAAGAUA